GAGCAGGAGCUGAGCAUGGAGAGCAGGGAGGACAAAUGCCUGCGUCAGAACCUGGUGGAAGAGGCCGUUUUGAGCGGCUCCACGGCGCAGGAAGCCAGCGGGGAGGAAAAGCCCCAGAGAUGCCGCACGAGGAGGGGCUGCAAACGCAGCCGGCGGGGAUCUGAGGGGGAAAGAGCCAGCCUGGGCCAGGAAGGUGGCCGGAGACGGAGCCAGAGCUCGGAGCUGGUGCUCCAUGAGCAGCUCCAUGAUGGGGAGAAGCCCCACACGUGCGUGGAGUGUGGGAAGAGCUUCAGGUGGAAAGGCGACCUGAUCAGGCACCAGAGGAUCCACACUGGGGAACGGCCCUAUGAGUGUGGGGAGUGUGGGAAGAGCUUCAGUGUGAGCGGCAAUCUGAUCACGCACCAGAGGAUCCACACUGGGGAGAGGCCGUACAAGUGUUCUGAGUGUGGGAUGUGCUUCAGAGAGAGCUCCAGCCUGAUCAGCCACCGGAGGACCCACACUGGGGAGAGGCCCUAUGAGUGUUCCAAGUGUGGGAAGAGGUUCAAGACCAGCUCCCAUCUCCUCCAGCACUAUCGGAUUCACAGAGAGGAGAGGCCCUUCCAAUGCCCCGACUGCGGGAAGGGAUUCAAGCACAGCUCCUCCCUCAUCACCCACCGGCGCACCCACACUGGGGAGAGGCCCUACAAGUGUGAUAAAUGCAGGAAGAGGUUUGCAACUAGCUCCUGUCUCCUCCUGCACUAUCGGAUUCACUCAGAGGAGAGGCCCUUCCGCUGUCCCGACUGUGGGAAGGGAUUCAAGCGCAACUCCACCCUCAUCACCCACCGGCGCAUCCACACUGGGGAGAGGCCCUACGAGUGUCCCCAGUGUGGGAAGAGCUUCUCCUGGAGCUCUAACUUGACCCGACACCAGCGGAGGCACCACUAAGGGAAGCCCUGCGAGUGCCCCGAGUGUGGGCAGAGCUUCGUGCGCUGCUCCUGCUCCAUCCCCCACUGGAGGAGGCACUUUGGGCACAGCCCUGGUCACUCACAUUCCCUGUGAUCCAUGUUGAGGACACACCUGGCUGCUUCUCCUUUUGGUUUGGCCUUAAUUUUCCUCUGCUUCACCUUCAUCCUUUAAAAACACCCAAAACUGGAUUAAAUUAAGGAAAUUGAUCGAAUAUAUCUGACGUUGCAUAAUUUCUCAGUUGUUUUAGAGGGAAUUUAGGUUUUGGGGACAGGUUCUGUGUGGAUUGCUGCUGUUGCUAAGAGGCAGGAAUUUGAUCUCACCCUUCUUGUAUUGCUAAGAACUCCUCCCCGACCCCAACCCCAAUUCCACCUUUGGGAUAUCCUGUAAAAACUCCACGGCUCUGCCUUUGCCCUGUCUUCGGGUUUGGGCCUCCCAUCCCCCUCCGAGGUAAAUUUGGGGGUCCCAUUCCCCUCCCAGCUCUAUUUUGGGGUCCCGACUCUCUUUUUCCCGCUCUCUUAUUUCCAAUCGUUCCCCCAGUCCCUUCCCCGUGUUUGGUUUUGGGUGCUCCAGGCCCCUCCUGCUCUGUUUUGGGGUCCUGACCCCAUUUUGGAUUAAUUUGGGGUCCCCAGCCCAUCCCCAGGGUCACCUUCCCCCCGCUCCCCAAAUUCCGCUCCUGGCAACUGAAGAGUCAUCAGCGAGACAUGCUCUGAUUCGCUGGAAAUUACCCUGCACGGACUCUGCGUAAUUACUGCAGCGAGAGGCCUUGGUCUGUGCCCGGCAAGUCAUGAGUCAGAGUCGGGCCGGGCGCUGAUUGGCUGCAAAUCGCUGGGUGGGACCAGUGCUCUGAGUUUGCGCCCAGCAACUGGAUCGUCAUCAGUGCCUCGCGAUGUGAUUGGUUGGGAUCUUUUUUGGGGUGGGGACCGGAGGAACAGGGGUUUCUUGAGGUUUAUUUGGGUUCAUUUAGGGUUUGUUUGGGGUUAGUUAUGGACUCUUUGGGGUUUUCUUGGGUUUUACUUGGUUUAUUUCUGUUUAUUUGGGGUUAUUUGGAAUUCUUUGUGUUUAUUUCGAAGUAUUUUGGUUUGUUUGUGUUUAUUUGGGCUUAUUUGGAAUUAUUUGGGGUUCUUGGGAGUUAUGUUGGUGUAUGUGGGAUUUUUUUCGGCGUACUUGAAAUCAUUU